AGUUAGUAUGGUGUAUUUAAAUCAUACGGUAUCAUUUAGCAGGUAAAUAUAGUUAUAUACCUUAAAUAUAAAGUAUUUACCCCAGGGAGGAUUAAGACGCGGGUAAAAUCAUUUCGAAAACUUUGUGAACUGAAAAACAUCAUAUUGGAGAUAUUAAAUUAUAAUAAUAAUUUAUUUAUUUUUGAAAUCGAAAACACUUUACCUGAAGUGAUACGAUUCGUAUUGUAAAAUACAAUACUAACUGUUAUAGCAUCGUCAUUAAGUCUGUACCAAAAAUACAACAAUGUCGAAAGAACAGGAGGCGUUUGCUCAAAGAACUGCACCAGAGUAUCAUGGUGCUUCAAACCCGGAGUACGGUACACAAAACAACCAGAAUGGUACAAGAGUAAUGCCCGGACCGGUAACUCAGGGACCGACGGGACCUCAAGAAACUGGCUAUGCGUAUUAUGCAGCACCACCAAGGCCCAUCCGUGGAAAGAAGUCGGUGAUUGAAGCUUACCUGUUAUGGCUGAUUUUGGGUCUGCUCGGAGGUCACCAUUUCUAUCUUAAGAGGCCCGGCUUUGCGGUUCUGUACAUUUUCACGUUCGGGUUAGGCGGGGUUGGUUGGUUCAUCGACCUAUUCAGGCUGCCUUACCUCGUGUCCAGGUGUAAUAAACUCGACCAUGAAAACGCGACAGACAACAAGAAGACAAUAAGUGACGCCUACACCUUAUGGUUCCCAUUUGGUCUUCUAGGGUUCCACCAUUUCUACCUGAACCGGCCCGCUUUCGGCGUGCUGUACUUGUUUACAUUCGGCGUGUUCGGUAUCGGUUGGUUGGUGGACCUGUUCCGGAUACCCUCCCUCGUUAAACAGGCAAACGAAACCCCCCGUAGCGAGAAGGAUAAGAGUGUGGGAGCUGCCUACGCCCUCGGGAUGUCUCCACUCGGAAUUCUCGGCGCUCAUCAUUUCUACCUGAACAGGCCCGAGUUCGGCAUCUUUUACUUCUUCACAUUCGGAAACUUCGGUGUUGGUUGGAUCGUAGAUUGGUUCCGAAUGCCGGUUGUCGUGAAACGUACAAACAAGCACCUGCUGCUUGGUAACAACGGCACGCGCUACCUUGACGACGCAUAUCUAUUGUGGUUUCCAUUUGGUCUCCUUGGCGCCCAUCACUUCUACCUUCGAAGGCCGCUAUGGGGCCUCCUCUACUUCUUCACAUUUGGCCUAAUGGGGAUUGGCUGGAUGGUGGACGGCUGCCGGAUGCAUUGCCUUGUCAAGCAGGCGAACAAGCUUAACGACGAAAACAGGCGACUGGCGGUCGGUCACGGACGUACUGGCUACCAGGGCGUCAUCAUUUCAACACCUGGUAUGGCCCCAUCCACUGAAGGCUACGGCGCCCCUGUGAACUUUGGCCAGGUAGUAGCCCCGCCUAUGUACCAACCUGGUCAACUAUAUCCGAGACAGCAGGGAGCGUAUCCCCAUCAGCAGGGCACGUAUCCCCACCAGCAGGGCGCGUAUCCCCAGCAACAGGAACCGUAUCCAACACAACCAGGGAUUUACCCACCACCUCAAAUGGAAGGAGCUCAACCACCAGCUUACCAAAGCGCGCAUCCUGCACCCUCAUACAUGGAGCAGCCACCACCUUACCAGAAUCCUCCACCAACUACCAAAGUGUGAGGGACAGUGUUCUAUGCAUUCCAUGGCCACGCAGUCCGAGACGCUGCACUACCACUAUUGCGACAUACAAAACUAGUGUAGUUCGUCAAAUCAAAUAAUUCUAGCAUUUUGACACUGAACUGAAUUUUGACCGUGUGCGAUCGUCAUCAUGACUUUGAUUUACCAAAAACAUUAUCCGGUGAUUUUAUUGUUACGAGUUUAAAUUAAGGCGAUACGAAAUUUAGCGAUGCCUUUCGUCGUUUUUACGCAUCGCUGCAGAUUAACUUUACUGAUUGACUAGCUCUUACAUUUUAUUAGAGGAAAAUGAUAUAUAAAAUGGACGAAAGGAAAACCUGAAAGAGAUCAUUAAUAUAAUUUAUCAAUUAAUUUAAUUGAUUGUUUACUACACUGCAUGCAUGAUAUUAUAUUUGACCGUUUCUGUAGUAAGUCCUAUAACCUUGCAAAUUUGUCAAUGAAUAUACAAGUGUUCGCUAUUAACAAAGUUACACAGUUUAAACUUUCAAAGCUAUUGAAAUUGUUAAUCAGUUGUGUAGACAUUGGAUGAUUGUUCAGAACUUUGUUAAUAACGUUGUUAACGUCAUGUUAUUAACUUUCAAAUCUACUCUGGAAGUUACAUGGACAAGUUUGUGAUCUGAAUUUUUUCUAAUAAUAUUUAAGACUUUUGUUUCAGCUUAUCUUGUUUCAUUGUUAUAUAUGAGUACAUCAUAAAACAUCAUAACAUAUUUUACCUGUUGACAAUGCCGUAGUUAUUCACGUUGUUCGGAAAAUCGGCCCAUUGUGAGUUGCUACAAUGGUGCAUUGAUUGUUUUUCUCUAUACUAUGUUUGAUUAUGUGUUGUUGUUUUUUUUUUAAAUGGCUAGUGUAUGCUCGACCAUUGUAAUGAUUGAUAAAAUAGAACGUAUACAAAUCAUUGCAAGUGUUGUAAUCAAAACUGAUUGUAUGUCUCAUUUAACAUUUAUGUACAAUACAUUUUACAUGUUGUACAUGUACAAUGAUAUUAGGAGUAUGAUAUUUUUAUUACACUCUGCUCUCGCUCUUA